AUCUAUUUGACUAUAACUCGACUUGAUAUAUCUUAUGCUGUUCAUAUUUUAAGUCAAUUUAUGCAAGAACCCAAACAGCCUCACAUGGAUGCUGCCAUGAGAGUCUUACGUUACUUGAAAUCUUCCCCAGGCCAAGGCAUUUUCUUAUCGUCAACAAGCUCACUUCACCUCUCUACCUUUUGUGACUCUGAUUGGGCUAGUUGCCCAAUGACAAGGAAAUCCACUACAAGCUACAUCACCAUGCUCGGCAACUCCCCAAUCUCUUGGAAAACUAAGAAACAAACUACUGUAUCAAGAUCCUUUGCUGAAGCUGAGUAUAGAGCAAUGGCAUCCACUGUUAGUGAACUACUAUGGCUAAAGGCACUAUUCCGAACCUUAGGAGUUCAUCCUCCUCAGCCGAUUAGACUUAUUGUGACAACCAAGCUGCUUUACACAUUGCCACCAAUCCAGUCUUUCAUGAACGAACAAAGCACAUCGAACUUGACUGCCACUUUAUUCGUAAUUGGAUACAAGCUGGUGUUAUCUCACCUUCACAUGUCCGGUCUCGGUUCCAAAUUGCUGACAUCUUCACCAAAGCAUUGGGAAAAGAGCAAUUCCAGUUCCUUCUACGCAAGUUGGGCAUCUACAACUUACAUGCUCCAACUUACGGGGGGCUAUUAGCUACAUAUACAGCACAGCCAUCGCAGCAUAUCAAGGUCAUCCCUUGAUUCUAGGAAGGAAUUACAAAAAGCAAUUAAUUAGCAAUUACUUGUUUAUUCUAGCCGUUGCAUUAUACUGUUAGAAUGUUAUAUAUAUGUAUUGUACAAAUUCAGCAAAUCAAUAUAGGAAAAGGGCAAUA